CUGGGGGUGACUGGGGCUGACGGGUCCUGGCAGGGCAGUACCUGGCGGCGCAGCUGUUGGCGCGGGGCCCCCCCCUGGGGGUGACGUUGUCCUUCGUGUGGGCUCGGGAUGGGGGGCGGUUGGAGGGGCUCCCCCCGGAGCUGCGCCUGCGGGACCUGAGCCGCCUGCCCCACACGUGAGUGGCAGAGCCGUCACCCCCGUGUCACCCCAGGGUCACCUCAGUGCCGCCCCCCGAGACCCCAGUGUCACCCCAAUGUCACCCCGGGAUCCCAAGGCCACCCCAGUGCCACCCCGAGACCCAGGUGUCACCCCAAUGUCACCCCGGGAUCCCAGUGUCACCCCAAUGUCACCCUGAGACCCCAAUGUUCCCCAGUGUCACCCCUGAGACUCUAAUGUCACCCCAAUGUCACUCUGGGAUCCCAAUGCCACCCCAGUGCCACCCCAAGACCCCAACAUCCCCCAGUGUCACCCCAAUGUCACCCCGGGGUCCCAGUGUCACCCCAAUGUCACCCUGAGACCCCAAUGUUCCCCUGUGUCACCCCUGAGACUCUAAUGUCACCCCAAUGUCACUCUGAGAUCCCAGUGUCACCUCAGUGUCACCCCUGAGACCCCAAUGUCACCCCAAUGUCACACAAUGUCACUCUGGGAUCCCAGUGUCACCCUGGGAUCCCUAUGCCACCCCAAUGCCACCUCAAUGUCACCCCUGAGACCCCAAUGUCACUCUGAGAUCCCAGUGUCACCUCAGUGUCACCCCUGAGUCCCCAGUGUCACCCCAAUGUCACCCCAAUAUCAUACAACGUCACUCUGGGAUCCCAGUGUCACCCAGUGUCACCCCUGAGACUCUAAUGUCACCCCAAUGUCACUCAGUGGUCCCAAUGUCACCCUGAGACCCCAAUGUCACCCCUGAGACCCCAAUGUCACCCCAAUGUCACUCUGAGAUCCCAGUGUCACCUCAAUGUCACCCCUGAGAGCCCAAUGUCACCCCAAUGUCACCCAAUGUCACUCUGGGAUCCCAGUGUCACCCUGGGAUCCCAAUGCCACCCCAAUGUCACCUCAAUGUCACCCCUGAGAGCCCAAUGUCACCCCAAUGUCACCUAAUGUCACUCUGGGAUCCCAAUGUCACCCCUGAGACCCCAAUGUCACCCCAAUGUCACCCAAUGUCACUCUGGGAUCCCAGUGUCACCCUGGGAUCCCAAUGCCACCCCAAUGUCACCUCAAUGUCAUCCUGAGACCCCAAUGUCCCCUCAGUGUCACUCUGGGAUCACAGUGUCACCCCAAUGUCACCCCAGUGUCACUCUGGCUUCCCAAUGUCACCCUCAGAUCCCUAUGUCACCUCAAUGUCACCUCAAUGUCACCCUGAGACCCCAGUGUCCCCCAGUGUCAGCCCUGAGACUCUAAUGUCAACCCAAUGUCACUCUGGGAUCCCAGUGUCACCCCAAUGUCACCUCAGUGUCACUAUGGGAUCCCAAUGUCACCCUCAGACCCCAGUGUCACCCCCGAGACCCCAAUGUCACCCCAAUGUCACUCUGAGAUCCCAGUGUCACCCAAUGUCACUCUGGGAUCCCAGUCUCACCUCAACGUCAUCCUGAGACCCCACUGUCACCUCAGUGUCACUCUGGGAUCCCAAUGUCACCCUCAGACCCCAAGUGUCACCCCAGUGUCACCCAUGAGACCCCAGUGUCACCCCUGAGACCCCAGUGUCACCCCAAUGUCACUCUGGGAUCCCAGUGUCACCUCAGUGUCGCCUCUGAGACCCCAGUGUCACCCCAAUGUCACCCCAAUAUCAUUCAAUGCCACUCUGGGAUCCCAGUGUCACCCCAAUGUCCCCCCAGUGUCACUCUGGGUUCCCAGUGUCACCCUGGGAUCCCAAUGCCACCCCAAUGUCACCUCAAUGUCAUCCUGAGACCCCAAAGUCACCUCAAUCUCACCUCAGUGUCACCCCGAUGUCACCAGAAUGUCACUCUGGGGACCCAAUGUCACCCAAUGUCACUCAGGGAUCCCAGUGUCACCCCAGUGCCACCCCGAGACCCCGGUGUCCCCCAGUGUCACCCCUGCGACUCUAAUGUCACCCCAAUGUCACCUAAUGUCACCCUGAGACCCCAAUGUCACCCCAGUGUCACCCCUGAGACCCCAAUGUCACCCCAAUAUCACACAAUGUCACCCUGAGACCCCAGUGUCACCCCAGUGCCACCCCAAUGUCACUCUAGGGUCCCAAUGUCACCUCCCAUGCCACCCUGUGUCACCUCCAGGACUCUUGUGUCACCCUUGGGACACCAAUGUCACCUCGGGACGCCAGCGUCACCCUAGGUCACCCCUAGAGCCCCCACGUCACCCCUGAGCUCCCAAUGUCACCCCUGGGCCCCCAGUGUCACCCCAUGUCACCCUUGGCACCCCAGUGCCACCCUAUGUCACCCCCGGGGCCCAAAUGUCACCCUCGGACCCCCGUGCCACCCCGUGUCCCAGUGUCACCUGGUGUCCCCAGGGGGGUGGACCUGGUGGUGGAGGUGGCACACCCGUGUGUGGCCCAGGAGCACGGCGAGGACAUCCUGGCCCACGCUGACUUCAUGCUGGGGUCCCCCACGGCGCUGGCCGACCCCCAGACGGAGCAGCGGCUGCGGGGGGCGGCGGCGCGGGGGGGGCACACGCUCUACGUCCCCCGUGGGGCCCUGUGGGGCUGCGAGGACAUCCGGCGCAUGGAUGACAACGGGACGCUGGCCGCGCUGAAGGUGACGAUGACGAAGGCGCCGCAGAGCUUCCGCCUUCAGGGCUGGCUGCAGGAGCGGCUGGCGGCGGCGGUGGCAGCUGGUGGCCGCGCUGUCCUCUACCAGGGUCCCCUGCGUCCCCUCUGUCCCCUGGCGCCCAACAACGUCAACACGAUGGCGGCCGCCGCGGUGGCGGCUCCCAGCCUUGGGUUUGACGGUGUCCAAGCCUGCUUGGUGGCCGACCCCAGCGUCCCCGACUGGCACGUCGUGGAGGUGGAGGUGACGAGCACGGGGGACGAGGGACGAGCGCUGCGUGUCACCAGCACCCGCCGUAACCCCGCGGCCACCGGGGCUGUCACCGGCAACGCCACCCGCGACGCCUUCUGGAGCAGCGUCCUGGGUGGGUCCCUGUCCCCUCCUGUCACCGUGUCCCCUCCUGUCCCACACCUACCCCCCUGUUCCUAUGUGCCACGUGUCGCCCCGUAUGUCCCCAAGACCCCCAUGUCCCCAAAUCGCCCAUAUGUCCCUUCACGUCCCCCACACCGUGUGUUCCCCCAUAACGUCCCCGUGCCUCACGUCCCCAAAUCCCCCGUGUCCCCAAAGUCUCCACAACCCCCAGCAUGUCCCCAUGUCCCCCAAUCCCCCAUAUCUCCCCCAAAUCCCCCACAUAUCCCCAUGUCCCUUCAUGUCCCCAAA